ACGGGCAAGACUGUUUUCGUGAUUUGACACGAAAGUGGUCGGAAAAGAAGUGAUUUUUCAAUUGAAAUAAAGAAUUAAAUUAGGACGAAUAAUUCACAGGUUGAUAUUUCAAACGUUUUAGAUUCUAGAACGAGCAAGUUAUUUGUUUUUUUGUGUGUGAAUUUUUCAGCAGAAUAAAAUACAAUUUUGUUUUCACUUUGUUUGUGGUCUUGGAAAAUUGUAUCAACGGAACGGAAAAUGGCCACCACGCGUAUUUCGGCAAGAGUGCCCCCGAACAUUGAUCCCACCAAAGCCCCGUUAGCGUACGGUGACAGGGCAUUGCCAAAGCUGAAUCGUGAGCUGAACGACAAUGAACUUAUCACUAGACAGAGGGCUCUGAUGACGCUGUGUGAUUACUUGCAUGAUCCAGAACACAUCGCUGAAGCUCUCCGAGUAGGUGUAGCAGAGAGUCUGAAGAAUUUACUGACAGAUGAAGAUGGGACUGUGAGGCACAAAGCAACAGAAGUUUUAUACAUCAUCGCAGGGCACAACAUCGGUCGAGAUGCCUUCCUUGAGCACUCCAUCAUCAUUCCCCUGUCUAGAUUAUUCAAUGAUGAUUUAGACAUUGUGAGGCGUAAUGCACACAUGGCCAUUGAGAUGCUGUGUCGAUUCACUCCCGGUGCCGAGGGAGUUGUAGAAGCCAGCUUGAUCCCGACACUUGUCGACAAACUCAAAGUGGAACUUGAUGAAAUAAAGGAGUACAUUUUGGACACAUUGCAUUUCUGCUUGGUGUUAGAACAGAUCCAAGCCCUUAUUGCAGGUGCAAUGGAGGUCUUCACUGAACUACUAAUUCAUGACUCGCCCGUCAUCCGAGCAAAAGCUGCCAGAGAUGUUAUGGAUCUAAGCAUCCCAUUGGACGGCAAGAACAAAGCCUGUGAAGUGAACACCCUUCCUCCUCUCGUCACGUUACUGGGUGAUUCUAAUCCAGAGGUCAGGUCAAAGGCUGCUGGAGCAAUCAUGGCGAUAACGAUUACGACCCAGGGUAAAUACAAGGCCAUUGAAGCAAUGGCAAUACCUAAACUAGUGAACCUCGUCAAUGAUAAAUCCAGCGAGGUACGUCUCAACGCCAUCAAGGCUAUCACCACGCUAUCUGAAGCUCCUGAGGGUAGGAAAGCAUUGCUUGAGAACGUGUCCACGAUUGAAAAAAGGUUGCAGGAUGAUUCCGGGGCUGUAGUCAAGGCUGCUGAUAUUGCAGUCAAGGUCAUCACAUGGAAACCUUAAGAAACUCUCUCUCGGAUAAGAUGUAUAAAGAUUGUAUUUUUGUAGCUACAUUUUUGGAAUGUGUGUAUAAUCAGAGUUCGAAUUUGAGAGGGAAAGACCAAAGGGAAUUGUAUCACAAAAUAUUUAGGCCUACUUUCACAAAGAGUUAGGACUAGGUCCUAACUUAGGACCUCACAA